UACGUUUUAAAUUAGCAACUCUAACUUUUCUUUGUGUAAAACUCGAUAAAUAAUUGGCGGCUUACGAAUUAUUAGACAUUAUGUCUAAACGUACGGCAGAAGUUGGGAACGAGCAUGCCCCUCUGAAGGGAGGGGUCCGUCCCGAGCUUAUGGAUUUAGACGAUAAGGAAAUGGGCGAAUUUGCCGAUGAAUUCGAGGAUGAGUUUGAGAGCGAGGACGAGAUUUUCGAGGCUGGUGUUGACGGUAGGCCUGACGCAGAGCGCGAGGCAGAAGAAAAUGCAGCCGGUGCCAUGGAUGUCGACGACAGCACUUUCAUCGUUGGGCGCAAUAAGCUUGAGGCCGGCCAACAUCUCUCUCCAGACCUGGGCACCUACGAAAUGCUUCAUAACCUCAGUACCCCUUGGCCCUGCCUCUCCUUUGACAUCGUCCGCGAUAGUCUUGGCGAUAACCGAGAAAAAGCCUACCCUGCCACCAUGUACACCGUCGCCGGCACCCAAGCCGAAAGCAGGCGCGAGAAGGAGAACCAGCUUAUGAUCAUGAAGUUUAGCGGUUUGAGUCGCAUGCAGAAAGAUGGACAGGACUCUGAGUCUGAAGAUGACGAAGACUCCGACAAUGAAGACUUAGACCCCAUUCUCGAGUCCAAGUCAAUACCACUAACCUCGACUACAAACCGCAUCCGCAGCCACCAGAUUCCCUCCCAAGACCCUUCGAAACCACCCAUUACUCUCACUGCGACUAUGACUGAGUCUAACAGCAUCUUCAUACACGACGUUACCCCUCAUCUAGCUUCUUUUGACAACCCUGGCACCGUUAUCACGCCUCAGCAGAACAAGCCCCUUUCUACAAUCCGAGCCCAUAAGUCGGAAGGUUAUGCGCUUGAUUGGUCACCUAUGGUGCCUGGUGGUAAGCUACUUACCGGUGACAACGACGGCCUAAUAUACGUCACGACGCGCACAGAUGGCGGGGGUUGGGUCACGGACACACGCGCGUUCCAGGGGCACACCAGCAGCGUAGAGGAAAUCCAGUGGAGCCCGCAAGAGGCAUCCGUGUUCGCAUCCGCGUCCAGUGACGGCACAGUGCGCGUAUGGGAUGUUCGCAGCAAGAGCCGGAAACCCGCCAUCACAGUACAGGUCAGCUCGGUAGAUGUGAAUGUGAUGUCGUGGUCACGCCUAACAACCCACCUCCUCGCGACGGGCGCCGAUGACGGUGUUUGGGGCGUAUGGGAUCUUCGGCAGUGGAAGGGCGGCGCGCUAAAGCCGAGCCCCAUCGCCAGCUUCAGCUACCACAAGGAGCAGAUCACCAGCGUCGAGUGGCACCCUACGGACGAUAGUAUGGUGGCCGUCGCCGCAGGUGAUCAUAAGGUUACCCUAUGGGAUUUGUCUGUCGAGCUGGACGACGAGGAGAGUAAGGAUACCGCCGGUGUUAAGGACAUGCCGCCCCAGCUCCUCUUCGAACACAUCUCCGAGCAUGCUAAGGAGCUCCACUGGCAUCCUCAGAUUCCUGGUACCCUGGUAGUCACAGGCCAGGAGUUUAGUGUCUUCAGACCUAUACCUGUUGUCUACGGUAUUCACGCGAAAUGAUAUCUAUGGACGUAGAUUGAGAAAUAAAUGCUUACUUGGCGAAUACCAGAUGUUCUUCAAUAGAUGUUGCAAGGACGAAAGAGGAAGCAACCCUCUUAUUAUCACUUCAGACUUGGCUUAGGGUUACGAAGAUGUUGCACAGGCAAGAUUUCAGAGGUAAUACCAUGCCGUCAGCAAUCUGCUCUGCUUUAAGGGGCACGAUUCGGUAUAGGAGUUGGUCGCGACGAACCUACUCAUCAGAGAUAUCUGGAAUCUAAGUUCUGGUAAUAUCUAGGUAGGUACCUAAGUAACUUAGGGGGGGUUGUUAUGCAAUCUUUGCGCGGUAUAAAAUAGAAUACUAGGGUAGGGUUUUAGCUCGGAUAAUGAAAAAGGGGGAGCCUAUAAGACUCGCAUGGCGCUUAUUCUAAAUUGCUCGUUGCAUAGUCUUUACUAAUAUAUGUAAAAUCGUGGUAGAAAGAUAUAACCUAGAAGGUAGUACACACUGUCUUUCGUUCGGCAUUUGCCUUCAACAAAGAGACCAGAUAUAAAAGGAGCUAGUUAGGUGACUUUCUACUAAGUUGUCUAGAGUCUUAGUAGUCAAUAUAGAUCAUAUAUGUAAUCAUAUAUACCUACCUAUAUAACUUUGCACGAUA